UAACUUAAUUCAAUCUUUUAUUAUUUGUGAAUGGGUUGAGAAAAAAGAACCAGAGUUUGAGGGGCAAGGGGCGGAUUUGGCAUUUCAAAAAACCUAAUGGACUUUUGUGCAGUAACCCGGACACACCCGAAUGACACAUAAACACGUAAAGUCUAGCGAUCGAGCUUUGAGAAUCCCCUCCUCCCUGUUCAGACCUCAGAUCCAGAAAGAAAAGAGGUAGAAAAAGAAACGGAGAAGAAGAGGCUUCCGCCUCCCUUCAACACUUGCAAUUGCUCCUUCCAAGCACGCCACCAUGCUUGCUUCCUCCCGAUCGCUCUCCGUUUUCCUCAUCUCCGCCGUCCUCCUUCUCGUCCCGAUCCUCGCCAAGUACCAAAAUGAUGAUCCUGUUACUUUAUGGGUGAACAAGGUUGGGCCAUAUAAUAAUCCACAAGAGACCUACAAUUAUUAUACCCUUCCAUUUUGCCGCCCACCUGGAACUGCAGCACACAAGUGGGGUGGACUAGGAGAGGUCCUCGGCGGGAAUGAGCUUAUUGAUAGUCAAAUUGACAUUAAAUAUAAGAAAAAUGUAGAUAAAAGUUCUAUAUGUGAACUUGAAUUGGACUCAGCUAAGGUUAAACAAUUUAAGGAUGCAAUUGACAAUUCGUAUUGGUUUGAGUUUUUCAUGGAUGAUUUACCACUUUGGGGUUUUGUUGGAGAAGUGCUCCCUGAUAGAAAUCGUGAUACUAAACAUGUUCUGUAUACUCACAAGAAUGUUCUGAUACAGUACAAUGGGAACCAGAUCAUUCAUGUGAACCUUACUCAAGAGGGCCCAAAACCACUUGACGAAGGUAAAACAUUAGACAUGACAUACUCAGUGAAGUGGGUUCCGACUAACAUUAGUUAUGCACAUCGCUUUGAUGUUUACUUGGACUAUCCCUUCUUUGAGCACCAGAUCCACUGGUUCUCUGUAUUCAAUUCGUUCAUGAUGGUUAUCUUUCUCACUGGCUUGGUGUCUAUGAUUUUAAUGCGAACUCUUCGUAAUGAUUAUGCUAAGUAUGCCCGUGAGGAUGAUGACUUAGAGACACUGGAAAGAGAUGUCAACGAAGAGUCAGGUUGGAAACUUGUCCAUGGUGAUGUUUUUCGAUCCCCACAGAAUUUAGCGCUGCUUUCAGCUGUCGUUGGCACUGGUGCUCAGCUUGCGGCCCUUGUUCUCCUUGUCAUUAUAUUGGCCAUUGUUGGAAUGCUGUACAUCGGGAGGGGUGCAAUUAUAACCACCUUUAUUGUAUGUUACGCUUUUACGUCAUUCAUUUCGGGUUAUGUGAGUGGUGGAAUGUACUCCCGCAGUGGUGGCAAAACAUGGAUAAAGUCAAUGGUUCUUACAGCAUCACUCUUUCCUUUCUUGUGCUUUGGAAUCGGGUUCAUCUUGAACACAGUUGCAAUAUUUUAUGGGUCUUUAGCUGCUAUUCCCUUUGGGACGAUUGUGGUUGUUUUUGUCAUUUGGGCAUUUAUUUCGUUCCCUCUUGCCCUUCUUGGCACUGUUAUUGGAAAAAAUUGGAAUGGCACUCCUAACAAUCCUUGCCGUGUGAAGACCAUCCCACGUCCUAUCCCUGAGAAGAAAUGGUAUCUCACACCAUCGAUUAUUUCACUUAUGGGAGGUCUUCUUCCCUUCGGAAGUAUUUUCAUUGAGAUGUAUUUUGUCUUCACUUCCUUCUGGAAUUACAAGGUUUACUAUGUAUACGGCUUUAUGCUUCUGGUUUUUAUUAUUUUGAUCAUCGUCACAGUGUGUGUAACAAUUGUGGGCACAUAUUUCUUGCUUAAUGCUGAGAACUACCAUUGGCAAUGGACAUCAUUUUUCUCCGCAGCAUCCACUGCUCUUUAUGUGUACCUUUACUCUAUAUACUACUAUCAUGUAAAGACCAAGAUGUCGGGGUUCUUCCAAACCAGCUUUUAUUUUGGAUACACGUUGAUGUUUUGCCUUGGGUUGGGAAUACUCUGUGGUGCAGUCGGGUACUUGGGCUCUAAUUUGUUUGUCCGGAGGAUCUACAAGAACAUUAAAUGCGACUAAACAUCUCCGUGAUCCACCAUUUGGCUUUUGUUUUGGGUAUUUGAUGCAGCAAAUAUGUUUUACUUGCAGCGACCAAGUCUCGUGUAUCACUUGGUAAAAUGCUCAAGAUUUUAGGAUUUAUAUGCUUUAGUGGUGGCGAAUGAACAUUGUAGAUUAUUAUUAUAUACCGAGAAUCAAGGAAAGCUCAAAGUUGGGAGGGAGUAAGAGUAAUUUUUAUUUUUUAAAUUUGAAUAGAUGCUGCAAAUCAUGUAGAGCUAUGUAUUAAGAUUUGGUGUCUGAAUAAUCAUCCUUUUGACUCUUUUUGUAAACCAAAGUUGUCCUUUACACCUCAUUUUGGACUCAAUUUUG